CACUACUGCCAGACGCCAUCAAUCGCCCUUGCACCUCUGCAAGGUUCCCUCGUCCAUCACAUCUGCGCCGCGCCCCUCCCCACCCCUAUGGCGCAACCCCUAGCUCUCACAGAUGCAGCACACGGCGAGCAAAAGGGCUGGCGGCGCAACCAGCACCUCGUAGACUCCCUGCCGUAUGUGGAUGGGCUCUCCCCGGCAGAGAAGCAGGCUAUAGACCAGCUGAUAGAAGAUGAGAUGCGCAGCAGCAGCAAGCGGCCCUCCGACUACCUGGGCGACCUAGAGCCGCUGCCCGAGUCGCGAUUCAAGGACAACGGGCUGCUGGUGAAGGAGAUGGCGCGGGUGGCGGCGGGGGAGGGGAUGCAGGCGAUGGACACGGCGAGGUACGGGCUGGACCCGCCGCCGCCCACCAAGCGCAACGACUACGCCAGCUGGCGCGCCGCGCUGGACAACGCGUACGCCCAGCUGGAGCACCAGUACAACAGGCUGGUCAACCUGGAGCUGCUGCUCAAGUUUGGGCCCGACGCCUGGCGCAUGCACAACGAGCAGCUGGCCUCGUUUGUGGCGCGGCUGCAGUCGCAGCUGGCCGACGUGCGGCGCCGCGUGGACGACCUCAACCGCGAGCGCAAGCUGCAGCAGCACGCGGCGGGGGCGGAGCUGGGCGCGCUGGAGGCCGAGUAUCUGGGGCUGGUGCACAAGAAUGCGGAGAUCGAGGCGGCGUGCCGCGGGCUGGAGGCGGAGGUGGCGGCCAUGCGGGAUGCCCUGCCCAAAGACCAGCAGCAGGCGGCGGGCGGGCAGGCAGGCGGCGAGCAAGCAGACGGCAUGCAGGAGUGAGGCGCGCCGGCGCGGCUCGCCGCGUGCCCGCCCAGCUCGCAUCCAUCGCACUGUUUUUUUCUCGCUCUGCUGCCUUUCCAUCGUGGCUCCCUGUCGCUGCUGCAUGUAACACGCACCGUCGC